AUGUAUCUCCGCAGGGCUGUUGGCAAGACUCUGACUUUACCCCUGAGGACCCCUCCUUCCAGCCCCCCACUGCUCUGGAAGCACGCAUCCCUUCGCCAGAUGUCAUCUAAGAGAGUCCCUGGAUUAGCUGGGUCAAACAUGAUAUAUUAUCUCUUUGUUGGUGUCACUUUUAGUGCUGGUGGAUAUUAUGCUUACAGGACAUUCACAUCAGACCAGUCUCGGUACACAGAACGUAUCAAUAACAUGCAAGUGAAAAGUACCAUGAGGGAGUCACCAGAGAUGCUGCAACACCCAGAUGAGGAAGUAAAGCCCACAGAAACCAAUGAAGGCUGUUCAGAAGCACCUAAUGACGCUUCUCCUUUGGAGGCUGGUUUGGAGACAGCUGAAGAAAUUCCAGAUGUGGAAGAUGCAGCUCUGGAGGAGACUUCUGCAGUCAGUGUCGAAGCCGGUUCAGAGGAGACUCCGGCAGUCAGAGUCGGAGCUGGCUCAGAGACUCAGGCAGUCGGAGUUGAAGCUGGCUCAGAGGAGACUCCAGCAGUCAGCGUCGGAGCUAGUCCAGAGAUCGGUGACGGUGCUGUGGUCAGUGUAGAAUCAGGGCCAGAGGUGACAGAUGCAGCGGUGCUAGAGGAGGCUGAGGCCGGUGACAAAGCUCCUAAGCCCGAGGAAGCCUCAGCUGUAGAUACUGAACUGGAGGAAGAAAAGAAAUCUCCCCCACAAGUUGAAACCAGUGCAGAGGCUGAGUCACAGGAAGAAGCCCCUCCCCAGGCCUGA